AUGAUAAUUCAUACUGGUGAGAAACCUUAUGAAUGUAGACAGUGUGGCAAGGCUUUUAGUUGGAUCUCACACUUUUCUCCACAUCAAAGAAUUCAUACUAGUGAGAAACCUUAUGAAUUUAAGGAAUGUGGAAAGGCUUUUAGAACUAGCUCAUAUCUUUCCCAACAUCAGAAAAUUCAUACUGGUAAGAAAACAUAUGAAUGUGAGGAAUGUAGAAAGACAUUUUCUUGGAGUUUCUAUCUUACCAAACAUCAGAGAACUCAUGUUAGUGAGAAACCCUGUGAAUGUAAUAAAUGUGGGAAGGCUUUUAAUAAGAACUCAAAACUUGUUCAGCAUCAGAUAAUUCAUACUGGUGAAAAAACUUAUGAAUGUAAACAGUGUGGAAAGGCCUCUACUAGGAGGUCAAGCCUUAUUCAACACGAGAGAAUUCAUACUGAUGAGAAACCUUAUGAAUGUAAGGAUUGUGGAAACACCUUUAGUUGUAGCUCAAACCCUUCUCAACAUCAGAGAUUUCACACUGGUAAUAAGCCCUAUGAUUGUAAAGAAUGUGGGAAAGCCUUUAGUUAUCACUCAAACUUCACUGUACAUAAGAAAAUGUACACAGGUGAGAAACAGUAUGGCUGCAAGAAUUGUGGGAAGGCCUUCACUAGGAGUUAA